AUGGGAAAGGUGGAAGCUAUCGGUCAAACUGGUCAAGAACAGUUUGUCCCAGAGCCAGUUGUCCCAGAACCACAACCAAGGUUCUACCAAAGCGGGAAACAGUUGGUAAUCACAUGCAGUUCAACGUCAGAUAAAGCUGUCUCCAUAGAAAUAAGAGGCUCCACAUCGUUCGACAAAACUCAGUUCUUGCACAAUUACACAACCGAAAUGGUCGACGACAAAGUUAAAAGCACGCUACAGCUGACCAAAUCAGUUGCAUCGUCGGAAGACGCUCAAAUCUAUAUCUGUAUGGUUAAUUCUGCCACCGCUCAAAUUAUCUUCAACAUGUUUGAUGUUUUCCUGCGUAAUGCCAACAUCACCGGCCUCCCACCCACCACAUUAAGGUGUGAACCAGAGUUCCUUUCUGCUGCCUUUCCGUCCAUUCACUGGUACAGAGAUGGGAUGGAGUUGUCCAGCAUAGCCCAUUUGAAGGAUCGGAUUCAAUUCGGCCAAAACAAUCAAACUGUGGAGUUUAUAAAACCCGAGCCUCAGGAUGGAGGGGUCUACAUUUGUAGGAUAACAUUUUAUGCUGAUGAUCUCACAGGGGGGCAGCAGAUCUUUGAAGAACAGCUCUUUCUACAAGCCAAACCUUUCAUCAAACCAGAGAAAUCAAUGACUGUCACAAACACGUCCAUAAGGCUACAGUGCCCGGCAGGGGGCUACCCCGAACCUCAGAUAUUUUGGCUGCGUGGCGCCAACGUGACUGAAUCCUCAGACAGGGUCAAGCUGACUCCGAUAGAUGGCGUGCGAUCUGCUCAACUGGAGGUGCUAAACCCUAAACCGGAAGACUACGGAACUUACGUCUGUACGGCGGAGAACUCCUUAGGAAAAGAUGUCGCCACCUUCCAUGCGACCAUGGGAACCAGUAAUUCCCAGAUCGUCUCCCUUGAACUCCUGUAUCUGAUUUUGUUGUUGGUCGCUUGCUUCGCCACCUGAGCCAAACUCUAAAGCUUAUUCCCAUGUAAUAUGUUGUUUAUUAAUCAAGGGUUAAACGCUAUUUGGUUUAAACUUGAAAAGGCUUAAUUUAUUUUUUUGAAUAUUUCAACCAUUCACAUUUUAAACAGUAUAGUACUAUGACCUUAAAUCUAUAAAUAUAAUAUCAUAAUACAUUGCUAAAUGAUGACAAUCUUUAGAAGUAGGCUGUACAUAAAUGUAGGCAUGCCAUUAAAUUUGGAAAAUGUGCCCAAUUCUACAGAUUUUCAAUUUACAAUGAUGUUUUUACUCAUUAAAAUUUUUCAUAAAUUACGGUGCAUUACGGUUGAAUUUCGCCGUUUCUGACUAAAGAUAAAUUAAAAGCAAUAUUUUUUUCUAUAUAUUACUAUCUAUGAAUAUUAAUUUCCAUCAAAUAUUUUCAUCUGGUUCUUAAUAUUAAUAAUUCUAUUAUUUAGAACUACGAUGGGUUAUUUGGAAACCUUUAAAUCUUUCAUUUAUUUGUUUCUGCUUAAUUGUUUAAUUACAUGUCUCAUAUUAAGACAAUAACAAAGGUAUUCUUUUUCUGUAUGUAUCACAAAAGUGUAGAUUAAUUAGAAACAAAUUCAAGUAAAAUAUAUUCUGAAUGCCUGUUAAAGGGGAGAGUAGUCUAGAUUAGAGAAAUACAUUAAGUCCAUAGUUCUCUCCCUUAAGUUGAAAACAAAUGAAGUAACUCUUCAGAAUCUGAGGUACCGCUCAAACAAAUACAUUUGCGCCCAUCUUUAGAUGUUGAACAGUGCUUUCUAAGUAAACAAUGUGGAUGAAUGUGUUAAACUAUACACGUCAUGAUCUGAUUCCUCUUGUUUGUAUCUUUCCAAGUCACUAUCAAAUUAUUUUUAUUGUAGCUUUACUUAUAUGCAGCUUUGCUUAGGAUUGGCUUUAAAUUGCGCGUAAAUUCAAUUAGAACUGCCUUAGAUUUCAAGCAAAUAUUUAUGUCUAGCUCAAGCUAAGCUGUGUAUCGUAUGCUGAUGCUGAUGCUCUACAGGCGUCCAUGUUUUAAACUUUUUGUGAAACCAUGUCAGUGACGCCAUCUUGUUUUGUCUUAAAUCAGGUCGAGGCUGUGACCCAAAAAUAUUUCAAAUUUGUAAUGUGUCUUUUUUAAUGUAAACUUUGAUAUUAAAGGUGUUAUCAAUGUAUCG